AAAAGGGGUGUAGCCUGAUGUUGCUAGGAUACAACGAGGUUGCCAAACAGGAUGUUCCAGCUACAUUGAAGCCUGUUUUGUUCAGUGUAGAUUCGCCAGUUACUUUUAUAUGAAUCAAACCAAAUCAAUCGCACUUCAGUUUUUCAGCUGUUAACGUCUGCAGUUUUCUGAAUUUAUAAUUCGGCUAAAGAAAUAAAGCAUGGAUACGAAAAUAAAGGUACCACAGGCCCUGAAAGCCAAAGUGAUGCUAUGGACAGAUGUAAGCUACCAUGACAUGGAGGAGAUAGACAAAAUGCAGUCCACACCUGAUCUGAAGAGUGCUUUAUGCAGUGUGCUGGGGGUUGACCUCCCUGAACCAAAAAGAGGAGUUCUGCUGGAGUUGUAUGUCCAAACUGUGCUUUUUUGCAGAGAGCGCAGCUUCAAAAAGGAACAAACUUCUGCUCUCUUGUCCAUCAUCAAGUCUGUCCAUGAGGCUAACAUAGAAACUCCACUCAACAACAUAGAACAGUGUUUCAAUUACUGCAAGGAGCUACUUCUCUGUCACUCAGUCAGGCGACCUCCCUUUAGUAUCAACCUCUUCAGCUCUGAGGAGGUGAACUGUAUUUUAAAGUACAUCCAUAACAGCUAUGUGAGACACUACAAACUCUACAAAUAUAUUUUCACUCCACAGGUAAAACUUGAUUUGUCUUUGACUUACUCUGGGAUCCCAGACCAACCUGCCAUGGAGGAUUCUUCUGCUCCAGAUGUUGAAAAUGUGAUGGAAAAAGAAGCAGAAGCAGUACCAAAGACAGACAGCUCUCCUCAAACACAGGAAGCAUCCAUCGCAGAGUCAGAGGGAGCCACACUCGGUUCAAAAUCAGAACUGAAGGCACUAAUAGAGAAAGAGGUCAGAGAGCAGAUGAUGCACGUGUCUGGACAACUAGAUCAGCGAAUGAAAGAAAUUACAGAUAAGCACAAAAGUGCACUAAAUUCUCCACAGCCCAACCACAAGGCCAAAAAGUAAUGGAUGAUAAAGGUUUCUUUUAGCUUUUCCACUAAAACAGCCAGUAUGUUGAUGUACGAAUAAAACUCAAUUCAAACUCAAA